GGGAGGACGAGGACAGGCAGGGAACCAGAACCAGCGUUAAAGAGACAGAAGAAAAGAGGAGCAGAGUGUGGGAAGAGCAGCCCAUCAGAAAAAGAGCUUUCAACAUACAGAGGAGGGGAGCCAGUUUGUGUAGAGUGCGUCACAGCCUGUGGCUCUGUCUGUGUGAUCCACGGUUCUCUGGAGGCCGUGGCAGCCAUGGCGUCGGAGCCAGGCACCCAGUCCAGGGUGAUGUUUCAGGCGCCGGACAAGACAGAAGACCCGGCACACCGUAAGCUGGGUAAGCUGACAGUGAAGUACAACCGCAAGGACCUGCAGAGGAGGCUGGAUAUUGAGGAGUGGAUCGACGGGCAGCUGCACCUGCUGUUUGACUGCGAGGAGGAAGAGAUUCCAGAGUUAGAAAUCGACAUAGACGAACUCCUAGAACUGCCCGAUGAAGGACAAAGAACUCGACUUGAGGAAUUAUUGCAGGAAUGUGGAAAGCCAAAAGAGGAGUUUAUCAACGGGCUGCUCUACAGGAUAAAAGGUCUACGUAAAAUGUCAGGCCCCUUGAAGAAGUAAUUGUAGGUCAAAUUAAGAACCAAGACGACGUGGAGCCUCUUCUUUCCCACAGGUUAAGAGUUUGUAUGCCUGGAAGAGCAAAUAUCACAUCGGGGACUUUUCCUGACUUCUUCCCCCCUUCCUGAGUCAGAAUGGAUUUUUUUUCUGCUCAAUUUAUGGACUCUAAAAAUUUAAGCUCCCUUCAAAAUAUCAAUAAUGUAAAAGUGAUAAACACCACACAACUAUUACCCAGAUGGACUCUUUUUUUGUGUAAGAGUUAGAGUGUACAUUUUCAGUUUCUUAUUUAUGUACAUAAGCAUUUUGUUCAGGUAACAGUGUUGUUGGAAUAAAGUGGAAGCUUUUCAAAACAA